AAUAUUACUAUAAGCCGAAAGAAGAGAAAAACAAAAGUUAGCUACUCAAACGUUGAUUUGAUUUGAAAUUUGUUUUAUAAAAGGUCACAAUUCGCCCACCGAAUCCCAUCUACCCCUCCGCCAUGGCAGCAGCAGUGGAGGAAAUCACCGCGAUCUACAAAUCCCUGCCGCCGCGGCCGUCCAUCGAGCAAGUCGCGGCGGCGAAUUCCGUGCUCCAGACCGUGGAAACCGAGCAGCGCCUCCAGCUAGAGGAGAUCUCGAAGCAGCAGCAGCAGCAGGGCGUGCCGCCGGAGCUCUUCUCCGUGCUGCAGGAGGUGAAGAAAACGAUGGUGUCGUUCCGGAGCCACGAGCAGCGCAAAGAGGCGGCGGAGCUGGUGGAGCUCGAUCGGAUUCUCCAGGUGUUUGAUGAAUUGAUUCGGAAGGCUUCGUCGCUAGUGUCUGGCUGCCCCUUUCUGGAGGGAGAUGGAAAAGAUGGUGAUGAUGAUGACUGUGGAGAGAGCGAGAUCGUUGAGGAAAAGAGUGUGGAUUCUACUGAUGAUGAUGUGCAGAGCCGUAGUAUAUAUCCAAUUACUGCUCCUCCUUCUAAAAUUGUUGCUCUAGCUGCAGCUGCAUUCCCUAGAGAUGGAGGAUCAGAGAAGCUGAAUCUGAUGGACGUCGCUGCAGCCAUCGAGAACGCCUCCAAAACUGGGGCGACCGUCUUAGAUCUUCGAGGAAAACUGAUGGACAAGGUCGAAUGGCUUCCUUUCACUCUAGGGAAGCUAUCAACUCUCUCAGAGUUGAACAUAUCUGAAAACAGAAUCAUGGCUCUCCCCAAUUCCAUAGCCACUCUCAAGACCUUAAUGAAGCUCGAUGUCCAUGGAAACCAGCUCAUAAACCUCCCAAGUUUGUUCGGUGAAAUGCACAGUCUGACGGAUCUUGACCUCUCCGGCAACCUGCUGAAGUCUCUGCCCGAAUCUUUCGGGAACUUGAAGCUCUUGAUCAAUCUCGAUCUUAGUUUAAACCGCUUCUCAAAGCUGCCCACCAUCGUUGGCGAUCUGUGCUCUUUACAGAAGCUAAAUGUGGAAACAAAUGACCUUGAGGAACUUCCCUACACAAUCGGGUCAUGCUCGUCUCUAGUGGAACUAAGAUUGGAUUUCAACAAGCUGAAAGCUCUUCCGGAAGGGAUUGGGAAGCUUGAGCGCCUUGAGAUUCUAACUCUGCACUUUAACCAUGUAAGAAGAUUGCCAUCGACAAUGGGAAGUCUCUUCCGUUUGAAGGAGCUGGAUGCAAGCUUCAACGAACUUGAGAUGAUACCCGAGGCACUGUGUGAUGCGGUUAGCCUGGAAAAACUGAAUGUAGGGAAGAACUUCGCAGACCUAAGAGCUCUGCCCGAAUCCAUUGGGAAUCUAAAGAUGCUGGAGGAUCUCGACAUCUGCGACAAUCAAAUAAAUGUUUUGCCAGAUUCCUUUAGAUUGUUGUCGAGGUUGAGAAACCUGCGUGCUGAUCAAACGCCUCUUCAAGUUCCACCGAUGAAGAUCACAGAAUCGGGGGCGCAGGGUGUGGUGGAAUAUAUGGCUAAGUAUGUUGCAGAGAGGGAUGGGGGAUUGGUGCAGAGACACAAGAAAAGGGGGAUACUUGCAUAUAUAUGCCUGCUGCUGCUCUGUUUUCCCACUGGGAAGGCUUGACCUGAGUUUCCCGCCAUGUCUCCCUACUGUAAAUUUGUAAAAUAUGGAUUGUAAGUAUUUAGUUUAGGCAUCUGCCAAGUACUAUUGUGUGACUCAAUUACAAACACUUUAGUGUUCAUAAAAAUAUGAGUGGAACAUUUUGUUCAAAUA